AUGUUCUUUGGCUAUGUUAAUCUUGAGUCAGGAAAUGACUCGGAAGAGGUCGAGCUUGAACACGCUGUAGUAAAAGUUCAGGCUGCUUUCAGAGCUCAUCAGGCACGUAGAGCAUUUCGAACCCUUAAAGGUAUCAUCAGGCUACAGGCAGUUAUCCGCGGUCACCUAGUCAGAAGACAAGCCGUUGCUACGUAUUCAUGUAUAUGGGGAAUUGUGAAGUUUCAGGCUCUUGUUCGUGGCCAGAAAGCUAGAUCUUCAGAUAACGGGAUUCAAUGUCACAAAACUCAUAAGGAAAUCGCCGGUGAUGAUUCGGAAGCUUUGCAGUUGAGCACGUAUAGUUGGAUGAAUAAUCCCACAAAAUUCUUCUUUGUUGAGAAGCUUCUAGCUUCAUCACCAACAGCAUUGCCUCUGAAGAUCCAGUAUGGUCCUGAGGAACCUAACUCAGCCAAGGUUUGGCUUGAACGUUGGACACAAUUGCAAGUUUGGUCUCCUGGUUCACGAGCAGCUAAGAUUCUAGUUCCAAAACCUAAGACAAAGAAGCGAAAUUAUCAAGAAGUGGUUGAAACAGAAAAGGCCAGGCCAAAGCCAGGUGUCAAGAAACAGUCCGGCCGAAAUAUUGGAAACGGCUCUAACCGUUCUGCAACUGAAAGUGAGAAACCGAAACGAAAUGUGAGGAAAGCUUCCACGCUUAGUAAAGAUCCCAUGAGAAAUGAGAGUGACAAGGAGAAGCACAAUUCGAGAAAAAGUAGAAGUGCCUCCAAGGAGGGAUCUCCUUUUGAGAUUAAAGACGUGAAGCCUAGGCCUAAUGUUAAAAGAUCAUCUCUUUCAAACGGUUUAGAGAAAGCCACCCGUAAAUCUGCUGAGAAGAAGAAAGAUACUGCAGAUUCUGUGCAGAUAAAGCCUGAAGUGAAGGUUGCCGAUGUUCUUGAAGGAGAAGACACUGUUGAGUCUGCUGAGAAGAAGAAAGAUACGAUAGAUUCUAUGCAGAUUGAGCCUGAAGUGAAGGUUGCAGAUGUUCUUGAUGGAGAAUUCAAUGUUGAGUCUGCUGAGAAGAAGAAAGACACUGCAGAUUCUGUGGAGAUAGAGCCUGAAGUGAAGGUUGCAACAGAUGUUCUUGAAGGAGGAUUCACUGCGGAGUUUGCUGAGAAGAAGAAAGAUACCGCGGAUUCUGUGCAGAUAGAGCCUGAAGUGAAGGUUGCAGAUGUUGUUGAAGGAGGAGACACUACUGUUGAGUCUGCUGAGAAGGAGAAAGAUGCCACAGAUGUAGUUCCUAAAGUGUUCGAUGUCGAGAAAGAAGAGAUUGCACCGGAGGAAGAUGAACCCAGAGCUGCAGAGACUAGUGAUAAAGGUGAAGUCCUCAAAUGCUCAGAUGUGAAGGUAAGCUCUGAGAAUGGUAAUAUUGGUUCUGAUAAUACAAAGCCAACUGAAAGACGAGUGUCACUGUCUGCAAAUAUUGACAAUCAAGAUGACGGGCUUAAACAUAGCGGGAGGAAAAUCCCCAGCUACAUGGCCCCGACUGCAUCUGCGAAGGCUAGAGUGAAAGGAGAAGGUUCACCAAGGUUUUCCCAAGAGAAAACUGAGAAAAACGAGACAUUGCGGCGCCAUUCGCUGGCUUCUCCAGCCAAUGGUAAGAUGACUACUACUACUAUGUCUCCAAGGGCUCAAAAACUUCUCCUAGUCUCAGCCAAAGGAUCUAUGAACGGUGUCAAAUCUUUUACUUCCUCUAAGGACAUAAGUGGUAAGCAACACUCAAACUAA